CUCCGGACACUCCGGACACUCCCGGACACUCCGGACACUCCGGACACUCCCGACACCGCCGGACACUCGUGCCACCUCCAGGAUGUCCCCUCCCGUGCCCGCGCUGACCCCCGAGCAGAAGAAGGAGCUGGCGUCCAUCGCCCAGCGCAUCGUGGCCCCCGGCAAGGGCAUCCUGGCCGCCGAUGAGUCCACUGGCAGCAUCGCCAAGCGGCUGAGCUCCGUGGGCGCCGAGAACACGGAGGAGAACCGGCGCUGGUACCGGCAGCUGCUGUUCACGGCCGACAAGCGCGUGGAGCCGUGCAUCGGCGGCGUCAUCCUCUUCCACGAGACCAUGUACCAGAAGGCCGACGACGGGCGCCCCUUCCCGCAGGUCAUCCGCGACAAGGGCGCCCUGGUGGGCAUCAAGGUGGACAAGGGCGUGGUGCCCCUGGCUGGCACCAACGGCGAGACCACGACCCAGGGGCUGGACGGGCUGAUGGAGCGCUGUGCGCAGUACAAGAAGGACGGCGCUGACUUUGCCAAGUGGCGCUGCGUGCUGAAGAUCUCGGCGCACACGCCGACGCGCCUGGCCGUCAUGGAGAACGCCAACGUCCUGGCGCGCUACGCCAGCAUCUGCCAGCAGAACGGCAUUGUCCCCAUCGUGGAGCCCGAGAUCCUCCCGGACGGUGACCACGACCUCAAGACGUGCCAGUACGUCACCGAGAAGGUCCUGGCAGCCGUGUACAAAGCCCUCAGUGACCACCACGUGUACCUCGAGGGGACGCUGCUGAAGCCCAACAUGGUGACAGGGGGACACGCCUGUGCCACCAAGUACAGCCCCGAGGAGAUCGCCAUGGCCACCGUCACCGCCCUGCGCCGCACCGUGCCACCCGCCGUGCCAGGGAUCACGUUCCUGUCGGGGGGUCAGAGCGAGGAGGAGGCCUCUCUGAACCUGAACGCCAUCAACCGCUGCCCGCUGCCGCGGCCCUGGGCGCUGACCUUCUCCUACGGCCGCGCCCUGCAGGCCUCGGCCCUCAAGGCCUGGGCGGGCAAGAAGGACAACACCAAGGUGGCCCAGGAGGAGUACGUCAAGAGAGCCCUGGCCAACUCCCUGGCGUGCCAGGGCAAGUACACCCCGAGUGGCACCGCGGGGGCGGCGGCCAGCGAGUCCCUGUUCGUGUCCAACCACGCCUACUGACCGCUGACCGCUGCUGACCGCUGCUGACCAUCCGCUGACCAUCUGCUGACCAUCUGCUGACCACCUGCUGAUCUCCUGCUGACCACCUGCUGACCACCCGCUGACCACCUGCUGACCACCCGCUGACCACCUGCUGACCAUCUGCUGACCACCCACUGACCACCUGCUGACCACCCACUGACCACCCGCUGACCACCCCGCUGACCAUCUGCUGACCAUCUGCUGUUCUCCUG